AUGGCGAAGCAAGGGAUGAAGCUUUCCAGUCAAGACUCCAAGCCCUUAUCAUCUCUUAUAAAUGCCAGACUCAUGACCUGCUACAUUAGUCGGAAGGCCGAUCUGCCAUUAUCUAAGUUGUGUGUAGUUAGGGCCAGAAAUCAAUCGGGGCAGCCGCCAGCGCACCUCUCGAAGCAGACUUGGGCACUAAAAAUGCACGAUGCCGUGGCCUAA